AUAGAGACCAACCAGGCUACAGCUGAAGCAGCUAGGACUGAGGUACCUGAUGAGUAUAGGGGCUUGUCAGAGUUCAGAAAAGGGAAUCCUCCUCAAUUUAUAGGUGCUGAUGAAGCUGAAACGUCAUCUGAGUUGGUAAAGGGAAAGGGUAAAGCGGAUGGUAAUGAUAUUUCUAUUCUAUUUGAUUCUGGUGCUUCAUAUUCUUUUAUUUCUUAUGAAUGUGUGGCAAGGUUAAUGUGUGGAUCUAGUCGUUUCUACUUCAACUUCAGGAUGGAUUGGCUUUCUGCCAAUAGGAUUUUGAUAGAUUGUUCAGAGAGGCGAUUGAUCUUUCCUACUGUUGAACAUGAGAGAUUUAUUUAUAGUGGACAGGUGGAUGGUUUGUUGAAGGGUGGAGCUCUUGGGUUUAUGAUCUUAUCUUUCAUCAGUUUAGAGAAUGAAAAAUUGUUGAAUAGCAUUGAUGUUGUUAGAGAUUUCCCAGUGGUUUUUCCGGAUGAUGUUCCGGGGUUACCACCAAAGCGAGAGUUGGAGUUUAGUAUUGAUCUUAUACUAGGGGCGGGACCAGUGUCCAUUUCUCCUUAUAGAAUGGCACCAGCGGAGUUGUCUGAAUUGAAGAAGUAG